ACGGCGCCAAAAUUGGCACAAAAAAAACUCACAGCAGCUGUAAACAUUGCCGAUCAUAGCGUCGCGUCGAAGAUCUUUCGCGUUUGCAUUUCGUUUAGAUAGACACGGCGGCAAGAGCUCAGUUUAGAGUACAAUUAUGGAUGUUGCAGAUGCACAAAUCGGACAGCUACGCGUCAAAGACGAGGUGGGCAUACGCACCCAGAAGUUGUUCCAAGAUUUCCUGGAGGAGUUCAAGGAGGAUGGCGAAAUCAAGUACACAAGUCCGGCCGCCAAUUUGGAGUCGCCCGAUCGCUGCACGCUCGAGGUGAGCUUCGAGGAUGUGGAGAAGUACGACCAGAACCUGGCCACGGCCAUCAUCGAGGAGUACUACCACGUCUACCCGUUCCUCUGCCAGUCGGUGUCCAACUACGUGAAGGACCGCAUUGGCCUCAAGACGAACAAGGACUGCUAUGUGGCCUUCACGGAGGUGCCGACGCGCCACAAGGUGCGCGACCUGACCACCUCGAAGAUCGGUACCCUCAUCCGCAUCUCCGGCCAGGUGGUGCGCACCCAUCCCGUGCACCCCGAGCUCGUUUCGGGCACGUUCAUGUGCCUGGACUGCCAGACCGAGAUCCGCAACGUGGAGCAGCAGUUCAAGUUCACCAAUCCCACCAUCUGCCGCAAUCCGGUGUGCGCAAACCGUCGCCGCUUCAUGCUCGAUGUGGAGAAGAGUCUCUUCCUCGACUUCCAGAAGAUCCGCAUCCAGGAGACGCAGGCGGAGCUGCCCCGCGGCUGCAUACCGCGCGCCGUCGAGAUCAUUCUCCGCUCCGAGCUGGUGGAAACCGUCCAGGCCGGCGAUCGCUACGACUUCACCGGCACUCUCAUCGUGGUGCCCGAUGUCAGUGUGCUGGCCAUGCCCGGCACAAAGGCCGAGUCCAGCUCCCGUCACAAGCCCGGCGAGGGCAUGGAGGGCGUCACCGGGCUGAAGGCGCUCGGCAUGCGCGAACUCAACUACCGCAUGGCCUUCCUGGCGUGCAGCGUCCAGGCCACAACGGCGCGCUUCGGCGGCACCGAUCUGCCCAUGUCCGAGGUCACCGCCGAGGACAUGAAGAAGCAGAUGACGGACGCCGAGUGGCACAAGAUCUACGAGAUGUCGAAGGACCGCAAUCUGUACCAGAACCUCAUCACCUGCCUCUUCCCCUCCAUCUACGGCAACGACGAGGUGAAGCGCGGCAUUCUGCUCCAACUGUUCGGGGGCGUGGCCAAGACCACCAUCGAGAAGACCUCGCUGCGUGGCGACGUCAACGUGUGCAUUGUCGGCGAUCCCAGCACGGCCAAGUCGCAGUUCCUCAAGCAGGUGUCGGACUUCUCCCCGCGCGCCAUCUACACCUCGGGCAAGGCCUCCUCUGCGGCGGGUCUGACGGCCGCUGUGGUGCGCGACGAGGAGAGCUUUGACUUUGUGAUCGAGGCGGGCGCCCUGAUGCUGGCCGACAACGGCAUCUGCUGCAUCGACGAGUUCGACAAGAUGGAUCUGCGCGAUCAGGUGGCCAUCCACGAGGCCAUGGAGCAGCAGACCAUCUCGAUUGCGCGCGCCGGCGUCCGGGCCACGCUGAAUGCCCGCACCUCGAUUCUGGCCGCCGCCAAUCCCAUCAACGGGCGCUACGAUCGAUCCAAGAGCCUGCAGCAGAACAUUCAGCUCUCGGCGCCGAUCAUGUCGCGCUUCGACUUGUUCUUCAUCCUCGUGGACGAGUGCAACGAGGUGGUGGACUAUGCCAUUGCCCGCAAGAUUGUCGAUCUCCACUCGAACAUCGAGGAGUCCGUGGAGCGGGCCUACAGCCGCGAGGAGGUGCUGCGCUACGUCACAUUCGCGCGCCAGUUCAAGCCGGUCAUUGGCAAGGAGGCCGGCAAGAUGCUGGUCGAGAACUACGGCCAUCUGCGGCAGCGGGACACUGGCACCGCUGGCCGCAGCACCUGGCGCAUCACCGUGCGCCAGCUGGAGUCCAUGAUCCGGCUGAGCGAGGCCAUGGCCAAGCUGGAGUGCUCGAAUCGAGUGCUGGAGCGGCACGUCAAGGAGGCCUUCCGCCUGCUGAACAAGUCCAUCAUCCGCGUGGAGCAGCCCGACAUUCACUUGGACGACGACGAGGAUCUGGACGUGGACGAUGGCAUUCAGCAUGACAUGGAUGCGGAGAACAACGGAGCGGCGGCCAACACUGACGCGGAUGCCUCCACAGACACUGCCGGCGGCGCCACCGUCCAGAAGAAGUUCACCCUCUCGUUCGAGGACUACAAGAACCUGUCCACCAUGCUGGUGCUGCACAUGCGCGGCGAGGAGGCGCGCUGCGAGGUCGAGGGCAGCGACUCGGGCAUGAAGCGCAGCGAUGUGGUCACCUGGUACCUGGAGCAGGUUGCGGACCAAAUCGAGUCCGAGGACGAGCUCAUCUCGCGCAAGAACCUCAUCGAGAAGCUAAUCGAUCGCCUCAUCUACCACGAUCAGGUCAUCAUUCCCCUCAAGACAUCGAAUCUGGCCAGCUUCCGGCCCGGAGCAGAAGAGCCAGUGGACAAUGAUCCACUGCUCGUGGUGCAUCCCAACUAUGUCGUGGAGUAAACCCAAACCCACAUCCAAGCACAUCCAUUAUUAAUCGUAUCUUAGUAUUUCCCUUCCGCUUCUCCUUUUCUUUGUUGCACCUUUAAAUGUAAGUCACAGCCCAACCAACGCACACAAACAAUCUUAAGUUUAGUCUGUAAGUUUUCAGGAUUUGCAUUGGCUGCUGGCUCGUCCUCGGACGUGCGAAGCGCUGCACCGAUUCUUGAAUUUUUGUUUCUGCCUAAUAAAUGUUUACACCGAUAAGCGAC